AUGGGCCAACGCCCCCCCUCUGACUUCACCCAGGCUGCUGCCGCCGCUGUUGCUGCGGCUGCUGCCACGGCAACCGCCACUGCCACGGCAACAGUCGCGGCCAUCCAGGAGAAGCAGAACCAGGAAAUGAACUACGGCCAGGUAAGAGGCUCUGCCUUACCGUGUUUGUGUGUGUACAGGAAACUGCUUACUAGGACAGCUUUCCUCUAAACAGUGGCCUAUUUCUUAAACAAUUUGUAGAGGGGGGUGACAUUGUGCUUCUGUUUAGUUCAUUGUUAGAGCUCAUUACACACCCUGCAGGACAGAGCAGGAACUAGCUCUGCCACACCCACACACACGCUCCAGACUCCAGAGACAUGGCUUUGAUUAGAGGGAGAACAGAAGUAUUUUCUAGCAGACUGUUUACACGUCUACAGAAUUUGUCUCUGAGGAGAAACCACACUGUAAGUCCUAUAUCUUAAUUUCUGUCUGUUUUUCUCUCUCUCCUCUCUCUCCAGAUGGGCGGAGGCCCCUCCUCCUACAGUACCCAGUUCCUGUCCCACCCGGGCCCCCAGCAGGGUGGGCCCCGCGGCCCCCCGGGGAUGAGCCCCAGUGGGAUGGUCCAGUCCCGGCCUGGGCAGCACCCCUCCAUGGGGUACCCCUCCCAGGGUCAGGGCCAGAGGAUGUCCCAGCAGCACCCAGGCUACCCAGCAGGUCAACAACAGGGGCUCAAACGCCCCUACCAAUCUGAGGUACACUUAGAAUACACAUAGGUGCAAACACAUGCAAGACACUAACACACACACACACAUGAGCUUGCACACUCACCCACCCUCCUCUCCUCUCCCUCCGUCCCUCCCCCAGGGUUUCCCAGGGCAGCAACAGUAUGGUUCAGGGGGCAUGUCUCCGUACCAUGGUGGCCAGCCCCUCCAGUACCCCCCCCGGCCCCCAGCAGCGCCAGCCCCAGUCCCCAUCCUACCACCCCAACCAACGCAUGCCCCCCAUGGGACAGUACCAGCAAGGACCACCCAACCCGGCACAGUACUACAAGGUAAGCAGUGAGAUCACACUCCUGUGUUUAGGUUAACUUGUGAAAGGGGCUAGCAGUAAUGCAGCCGACCCAAUACCACAUACAGUUGAAGUCGGAAGUUUACAUACACUUAGGUUGGAGUCAUUAAAACUUGUUUUUCAACCACUCCACAGAUUUCUUGUUAACAAACUAUAGUUUUGGCAAGUCGGUUAGGACAUCUACUUUGUGCAUGACACAAGUAACUUUUCCAACAAUUGCUUACAGACAAAUUAUUUCAUUUAUAAUUCACUGUAUCACAAUUCCAGUGGGUCAGAAGUUUACAAACACUAAGUUGACUGUGCCUUUAAACAGCUUGGAAAAUUCCAGAACAUUAUGUCAUGGCUUUAGAAGCUUCUGAUAGGCUAAUUGACAUCAUUUGAGUCAAUUGGAGGUGUACCUGUGAAUGUAUUUCAAGGCCUACCUUCAAACUCAGUGCCUCUUUGCUUGACAUCAUGGGAAAAUCAAAAGAUAUCAGCCAAGACCUCAAAAAAACAAAUUAUAGACCUCCACAAGUCUGGUUCAUCCUUGGGAGCAAUUUCCAAAUGCCUGAAGGUACCACGUUCAUCUGUACAAACAAUAGUACGCAAGUAUAAACACCAUGGGACCACGCAGCCGUCAUACCACUCAGGACGCGUUCUGUCUCAUAGAGAUGAACGUACUUUGGUGCGAAAAGUGCAAAUCUAUCCCAGAACAACAGCAAAGGACCUUGUGAAGAUGCUGGAGGAAACAGGUACAAAAGUAUCUAUAUCCACAGUAAAACGAGUCCUAUAUCGACAUAACCUGAAAGGCCGCACAGCAAGGAAGAAGCCACUGCUCCAAAACCGCCAUAAAAAAGCCAGACUACGGUUUGCAACUGCACAUGGGGACAAAGAUCGUACUUUUUGGAGAAAUGUCCUCUGGUCUGAUGAAACAAAAAUAGAACUGUUUGACCAUAAUGACCAUCGUUAUGUUUGGAGGAAAAAGGGGGCAGCUUGCAAGCUGAAGAACACCAUCCCAACCGUGAAGCACGGGGGUGGCAGCAUCAUGCUAUGGGAUUGCUUUGCUGCAGGAGGGACUGGUGCACUUCACAAAAUAGAUGGCAUCAUGAGGAAUGAAAAUUAUGUGGAUAUAGUGAAGCAACAUCUCAAGACAUCAGUCAGGGAGUUAAAGCUUGGUCGCAAAUGGGUCUUCCAAAUGGACAAUGACCCCAAGCAUACUUCCAAAGUUGUGGCAAAAUGGCUUAAGGACAACAAAGUCAAGGUAUUGGAGUGGCCAUCACAAAGCACUGACCUCAAUCCUAUAGAAAAUGUGUGGGCAGAACUGAAAAAGCGUGUGCGAGCAAGGAGGCCUACAAACAUGACUCAGUUACACCAGCCCUGUCAGGAGGAAUGGGCCAAAAUUCACCCAACUUAUUGUGGGAAGCUUGUGGAAGGCUACCUGAAACGUUUGACCCAAGUUAAACAAUUUAAAGGCAAUGCUACCAAAUACUAAUUGAGUGUAUGUAAACUUCUGACCCACUGGGAAUGUGAUGAAAUAAAUAAAAGCUGAAAUAAAUCAUUAUCUCUACUAUUAUUCUGACAUUUCACAUUCUUAAAAUAAAGUGGUUAUCCUAACUGACAUAAGACAGUGAAUUUUUACUAGGAUUAAAUGUCAGGAAUUGUGAAAAACUGAGUUAAAAUGUAUUUGGCUAAGGUGUACAGUGUGGGGGAAAAAAGUAUUUGAUCCCCUGCUGAUUUUGUACGUUUGCCCACUGACAAAGACAUGAUCAGUCUAUAAUUUUAAUGGUAGGUUUAUUUGAACAGUGAGACAGAAUAACAAACAAAAAAAUCCAGAAAAACGCAUGUCAAAAAUGUUAUAAAUUGAUUUGCAUUUUAAUGAGGGAAAUAAGUAUUUGACCCCUCUGCAAAACAUGACUUAGUACUUGGUGGCAAAACACUUGUUGGCAAUCACAGAGGUCAGACGUUUCUUGUAGUUGGCCACCAGGUUUGCACACAUCUCAGGAGGGAUUUUGUUCCACUCCUCUUUGCAGAUCUUCUCCAAGUCAUUAAGGUUUCAUGGCUGACGUUUGGCAACUCGAACCUUCAGCUCCCUCCACAGAUUUUCGAUGGGAUUAAGGUCUGGAGACUGGCUAGGCCACUCCAGGACCAUAAUGUGCUUCUUCUUGAGCCACUCCUUUGUUGCCUUGGCCGUGUGUUUUGGGUCAUUGUCAUGCUGGAAUACCCAUCCACGACCCAUUUUCAGGAUUUGACGGUACAUGGCCCCGUCCAUCGUCCCUUUGAUGUGGUGAAGUUGUCCUGUCCCCUUAGCAGAAAAACACCCCCAAAGCAUAAUGUUUCCACCUCCAUGUUUGACGGUGGGGAUGGUGUUCUUGGGCGAGUUGAGUUGAUGCCAAAGAGCUGGAUUUUGGUCUCAUCUGUCCACAACACUUUCACCCAGUUCUCCUCUGAAUCAUUCAGAUGUUCAUUGGCAAACUUCAGACGGCCCUGUUAAUGUGCUUUCUUGAGCAGGGGGACCUUGCGGGCGCUGCAGGAUUUCAGUCCUUCACGGCGUAGUGUGUUACCAAUUGUUUUCUUGAUGACUAUGGUCCCAGCUGCCUUGAGAUCAUUGACAAGAUCCUCCCGUGUAGUUCUGGGCUGAUUCCUCACCGUUCUCAUGAUCAUUGCAACUCCACGAGGUGAGAUCUUGCAUGGAGCCCCAGGCCGAGGGAGAUUGACAGUUCUUUUGUGUUUCUUCCAUUUGUGAAUAAUCGCACCAACUGUUGUCACCUUCUCACCAAGCUGCUUGGCGAUGGUCUUGUAGCCCAUUCCAGCCUUGUGUAGGUCUACAAUCUUGUCCCUGACAUCCUUGGAGAGCUCUUUGGUCUUGGCCAUGGUGGAGAGUUUGGAAUCUGAUUGAUUGAUUGCUUCUGUGGACAGGUGUCUUUUAUACAGGUAACAAGCUGAGAUUAGGAGCACUCCCUUUAAGAGUGUGCUCCUAAUCUCAGCUCGUUACCUGUAUAAAAGUAUUACCUGUACCUGUAUUUUUUUGUUGUUAUUCUGUCUCUCACUGUUCAAAUAAACCUACCAUUAAAAUUAUAGACUGAUCAUUUCUUUGUCAGUGGGCAAACGUACAAAAUCAGCAGGGGAUCAAAUACUUUUUCCCCUCACUGUAUGUAAACUUCAACUGUAUGUCCUCCAUUAAUAGGGGUUCGAUAUCUGCUUACGCCUUAUUUGACUUCACUAUAUUUCCCUUUCAUCUGUCUCACACUUUUGUUCCUUCACAAUAAAAGCUUCUAAAAUAUGAAAGUGGAAUAGAAUUCCAUUCCCCUUUAUACAAAUAUAUAUAUUUUAAAGUUAUAGUUAUCAAUAUGGGCUUUUCAAGUGAGUAUUUUACAUUUCAGUCAUUUAGCAGACGCGCUUCUCCAGAGCGACUUACAUGAGCAAUUAGGGUUAAGUGUCUUGCUCAAGGGCACAUCAACAUAUUUUUCCACCUAGUCUGCUCGGAGAUUCGAUCCAGCAAACUUUCAGUUACUGGCCGAACGCUUUUAACUGCUACAUGUUAUUGACUGCUACAUCUUAGUGACUGUGCUGGUCAUGCGCUGAUAUCGUUUUUAAAUGUUUUAUUUUACCCUUAUUUUACCAGGUAAGACUGAAAACACAUUCUUAUUUACAGCAACAACCUGGGGAAUAGUUACAGGGAAGAGGAGGGGGGAUGAAUGAGGCAAUUAGAAGCUGGGGAUGAUAUGUGGGCAAGAUUGGGAAUUUAGCCAGGACACUGGGGUUAACACCCCUACUCUUACAAUAAGUGCCAUGGGAUCUUUAGUGACCACAUAGAGUCAGGACACCCGUUUAACGUCCCAUCCGAAAGAUGGCACCUUACACAGGGCAAUGUCCCCAAUCACUGCCCUGGGGCAUUGGGAUAUUUUUUGGGGACCAGAGGUAAGAGUGCCUCCUACUGGCUCUCCAUCACCACUGAUAUUGUGUGUGUGUGUUUAAGCAGGAGCAGCAGUAUAAUGGGCAGCAGGGUAACAUGCCACCAGGAGGCUACAACGCCUUCACACAGGCUGCUGUCAACGCGGUAAGCCACCCUGUGUGUGUAUGUAGCUUGGCAGUGUGGAGGAGAUGGUGCUUUGGAAUGUUUGGGUCCUUUGCUUUGGAAUGUUUGGGUCCUUUGCUUUGGAAUGUUUGGGUCUUUUGCAAAUAUAAUUUAUAAUGUAAUUGUAAUUUGUCGACCCAAAUAAAGAACAUGUGUUAGCCUACGGCCACACAGGGAUUUAGUGUCCGCAAUUACGGAUUGAGCCAAAUGGUUUUUCAAUGCGAGUCAUCCGUAGACAUAUGAUGGACAAUCAUGUCUGUCAAAAAACACACAAUUGCUGUAUGCAGCUCAUCUCAAAAUAGUUGACUGGAGUUGACAAUUAAAUAAUUAAUAUACAAUUUCAUCCGUGUUCAUGCAUCUCUUUGUAGCCGUAGCGUUAUACAGUAUAAUGAAUUGUAGCUUUAUGAUGGUAUCUUCUACUUAAAACUCUCCCUCUCAGCAGGGUGGCCGGGUGAUGCCGGGGUACCCCAGUUCUCCUUUGGGGGGUAACCCCACCCCUCCCAUGACUCCGGGCAGCAUGCCCCCCUACCUGUCCCCCGGUGGGCCUGGACCAGACACCAAGCCCCCCUACCUCCCCCAAGGCCCUGACGUCAAGCCCAACAUCAACUCCCUACAGCCCCCCACUGGUGAGAUAGUCUUACUACAACAUACACUCCUUUAUCAAGUCAUUGGACUAAUGGAAAUGUAUUGAGAGAGACAGCCUGGACGUGUCCAAUAAGAAAUGCUAAUUUUAGUUUUCCUUUACAAAAUGUUUUAGAACGCCUUUGCGUUCCUUAAUGAACAUGACCCUGGGUCCAAUUCAUAGGUUAAAUACCUGUGCACUCUCACGCCCCUCCCUCACCCCCUCCCCCCUGUCUAGGUAACCCUAGCGACGACCUGCGGCUGACCUUCCCGGUGCGCGACGGCGUGGUGCUGGAGCCGUUCCGAUUGGAGCACAACCUGGCGGUCAGCAACCAUGCCUUCCAGCUGCGAGACUCCGUCUACAAAACCCUCAUGAUGAGGUCAGUGCCCACCGCCUCUCAGCCAAUCACAGCAGCCGUUACUGUGACGUGAUCCAGUGUUUUAAUACCAUAGAGUUUGGAGUUUUACCACAUUAUUAAUUGAUGACGCUGGUGUGUGUGUGUGUCCUAGGCCUGACCUGGAGCUGCAGUUUAAGUGUUAUCACCACGAGGACCGGCAGAUGAACACUAACUGGCCCGCUUCCGUACAGGUACAAUCACACUUACAGGUACCCAUUCAAAUAUACACACACACACAGAGAGAUCAAAAUGCAACAUCAAACAAAACACAAUAUAACAGACCUUCCCAAGAUAGCAGUGUUAUAAAUAAUGGUAUUUUUAAAAUAUAUUAUUUCACAUACAACCUGAUCUAUGUGCAUGUACACACAUCCCUAUCAGAAUGGGUUAGGCUGGGGUUACGCUCCCCCAAGCGCUCUCACUUAUGCUUGCGUAAAGUUAAAAAUUCUGGCAUGCACUGAAAUCUCAAAGUCUCAGCAGAGUUCAUCUAGAUUAUUAAUCCAGCCUUGGUGUCUGGGUUAACCAGUUGAUGAACGACAACUGUGAAUUAGCUAGUCAUUUGAGACACUUCUUGGUUAGACAGGGUAGCGUUCAGGAGGGUACAAGGUACUGAACAUUGUAGAUAGAAAUACCAUAAAUGGAACUGAUAUGAUUCCUUACUCAAUAUCUCUACUCUAGAUGUCUGUUCUACACAACGUAUUUCUAUCCAAACGUUCCACAAUGCUGCACUCUAUACUGAAGGUGGCCCAAGGCCCAUAUUCAUAAAUCGUCUCAGAUUAGGAGUGCUGAUAUAGGAUCAGUUUGGCCUUUUAGCUUGUAACGAAUAAGAUUAUGUGGACAGUAGUUACCUGAUCCUAGAUCAGCACUCCUACUCUGAGGCCAGUGUGACGACUGUGACUAGCGUGUUAGCCGAUCCUCCAUUCACCUGUCUGUCAUGUAGGUGUCUGGUCCUUGCUUACAGGUGAGUGUGAACGCCACACCGCUCACCAUCGAGAGGGGCGACAACAAGACGUCCCACAAGCCCCUCUACCUCAAGCAGGUGUGUCAGCCGGGACGUAACACCAUCCAGAUCACCGUCACCGCCUGCUGCUGCGUAAGUAGGAGGACAGAGGUGUGUGUGGGGGAGGGGGGUGUUAGUGUGUGUGUGUGGUGUUGGUGGGGGGGGGGGGGGUUGUUAGUGUGUGCAUGGGACAUGUAUUGCACAGUGGGCAGAACUUUUUGCAUUAAUGACGUCAUGGUCAGGUGGUAUACUGGUUGUAUAAGCACGUUUUGUUAAUCUGGUCAGAACCAGAUUACAACCAAAAUAUGACGUUUUAUCCACAAUGUCUUGAUCUUGUCAUGAAAAAUAUGUCUUUACCUGGUUGUAACAGAGACCGGUUGGUUGUAAUCUGCUUUUAUGACAUCUUAACAACCAGAAAAUCCAUUUACAACCAAAAGAUUACGUCACGCUGCAAAUUUUGCCUGCUGGAUGUGCACAUCUGUUGGUCUAUAAGUGUUAUGCAGGAUCCAAAUUAACUUCCCCCCCUCUCUCUCUCUCUCUCCCCCAUCCCUUUCUCUCUCUCCAGUCCCACCUGUUUGUGUUGCAGCUGGUCCACAGGCCAUCAGUACGCUCGGUUCUGCAAGGGUUAAUGAAGAAGAGAUUACUGCCCGCAGAGCACUGUGUGUCUAAGAGUGAGUGGAACACACACACACUUGAUUGAUUGACUGCCUGGUUGGUUGGUUCUCAGAAAGAAAGACUUUGUCACAAUUCUCACCCGUUCUCUUGCCUGUCCUCUUGUCCGCCCCCCCCCCCCCCCCCCCAUGUCCCUCUCCUCAGUUAAGAGGAACUUCAAUAGUGGGACCAUCCCUGGGACCACAGGGCUGAAUGGAGAGGAUGGUGUGGAACAGACAGCCAUCAAAGUCUCUCUGAAAUGUCCUAUCACCUUCAGACGCAUCCAGCUGCCUGCACGUGGACACGACUGUAGACACAUACAGGUGAGAGACACACACACACACUGGUGAAAACAUACAUGUACUCCCACAAGCACUUACGUACUAUAACUCUAAACAUACAGGUGAGAUACUAGAGAGACACACACACACCCUAAACUUCUGUCUGUGUCUUUCUCUCUGCAGUGUUUUGACCUGGAGUCGUACCUGCAGUUGAACUGUGAGAGAGGGACCUGGAGAUGCCCUGUGUGCAAGUAGGUUAACACAAGCAUUUACUAUCUUUCCCAUAGGUAGACCUGUUGUUUCUUAGUUAACCUGACCUUGUCUCUACUCCACAGUAAGAGCGCUCUACUGGAGGGACUAGAAGUGGACCAGUACAUGCUGGGGAUUCUAAUUUACAUACAGAAGUAAGUGUGUGUUCUUCUAUUCUUGUGUGGACCUAAAAUCCCCAAAAGGCCCCACAAGAAUAGUAAAACAAGGAGAAUUCUCCCUCGUGGGGACAUUUCCCACGUCCCCAUGAGGACAAAGGCUAGUUUAAGCUUAGGGGUUAGGUUUAGGGUUACAGUAAGGGUAAGGGUUAGGUCAGGUUUAGGGGUUAGGAACAAUUGGAUUUUGAAUGGAGAUGUUAUUGCGGGUCUAGCGAAAUGCUUGUGCUUCUAGCUCCGACAGUGCAGUAAUAUCUAACAAUUUCACAACAUAUACCUAAUACACACAAAUCUAGUAAGGAAUGGAAUUUAAGAAUAUAUACAUAUAUGGACAAGCAAUGACAGAGCGGCAUGGACUAAGAUACAGUAGAAUAUUAUAGAAUAGAAUACAGUAUAGACAUAUGAGAGCAGUGCAAGAUAUGCAAACUUGAUGAUUGAGUUGGAGGUGUGCUUGGCCACGCAGUCAUGGGUGAACAGGGAGUACAGGAGGGGACUGAGCACGCACCCUUGUGGGGCCCCAGUGUUAAGGAUCAGCGAAGUGGAGAUGUUGUUUCCUACCUAUACCACCUGGGGGCGGCCCGUCAGGAAGUCCAGGACCCAGUUGCACAGGGCGGGGUUCAGACCCAGGGCCUCGAGCUUAAUGAUGAGCUUGAAGGGUACUAUGGUGUUGAAUGCUGAGCUAUAGUCAAUGAACAGCAUUCUUACAUAGGUAUUCCUCUUGUCCAGAUGGGAUAGGGCAGUGUGAUGGCGAUUGCAUCGUCUGUGGAUCUAUUGGGGCGGUAAGCAAAUUGAAGCCCGAGUGGCGCAGUGGUCUAAGGCACUGCAUCGCAGUGCUAGCUGUGCCACUAGAGAUCCUGGUUCGAAUCCAGGCUCUGUCGUAGCCGGCCGCGACCGGGAGACCCAUGGGGCGGCGCACAAUUGGCCCAGCGUCGUCCAGGGUAGGGGAGGGAAUGGCCGGCAGGGAUGUAGCUCAGUUGGUAGAGCAUGGUGUUUGCAACGCCAGGGUUGUGGGUUCGUUUCCCACGGGGGGCCAGUAUGAAAAAAUAAUAAUGUAUGCACUCACUAACUGUAAGUCGCUCUGGAUAAGAGCGUCUGCUAAAUGACUAAAAUGUAAAUGUAAAAUGUAGGGUGACAGGUAAGGUAGAGGUGAUAUGAUCCUUUACUAGUCUCUCAAAGCACUUCAUGAUGACAGAGGUGAGUGCUACUGGGCGAUAGUCAUUUAGUUCAGUUUUAGGUCCCCACAAGGCUAGAAGAACAAAACGUGUGUAUGUGUGUCUGUGUACACAUCCCCUACUACAGGCCUGGAGGACCAGAGUGCUGCUGGUUUUCUGUUCUACCUGAUAAUCAAUUGCACUCACCUGGUGGCCAUUUAAAGGGGAAUACUUAAAAUGCAUCAGAAGUGGAACUGGCUUUGAGGUCUAGAUUGGAAUUUGCCUGCCCUACUAUGUUCAUUUUUAGUUCUUCAUUAACUUAGCCAUAAUUAGGUCUACAGUUAGGUGUCCUUGAAAUGGGCCCUUCAUCUUUCUCACCUUCUUCUUUCUCUUUGUUCUCUAACCUCUCUCUCCCCCCCUCUUCCCUCCUCAGUUCAGACUAUGAGGAGAUCACCAUUGACCCAGUGUGUGGCUGGAGGCCAGUGCCCAUUAAACCAGACAUCCACAUAAAGGAGGAAGCAGACGGGCCUGUGUUGAAGCGCUGCCGGACGGUCAGCCCCAGUCACAUGAUGAUGCCCAAUGUCAUGGAGAUGAUCGCUGCCCUGGGACCGGCCUCCUCGCCCUACCAGGGUCUACCACCUGGGGGCAGGAACACACCUGACUACAACAGCCAAGGUAGGGAGGAGACGGACACACACACACAUACAGAAAAUUAAUUAUAUUGCCGCCUAUUAGUUACAAUUGAAAAUGUUUUUUACAACACAACAAUUCCACCUGUGUCUGUCGUGUGUGUUGUUCAUCCAGCAGGUCCAGGAUACUCCAGCCAGUCAGGCUUCUCUGAGUUCCCCAACACCCCUGGAACUCCCACCCUGAGAGACUUCACCUCCCCUGGGCCACCUAACAUCUACCAGCAGGACCAGGUAACACACACACACAGGUCCCCUCAGGCUACAGUGACAAGGUUCGGGGGUCAAUUCCAUUUCUAGUCAGUCUGAAAGCGAAUGACCUAAUGUCUGACUGGGUUAGAAAGGGAGUGAAGGAACACACACAGGGUCAAAGUACACACUAAUGUCCUUACAUCAGGCCUCUGUUAUCGCUAUAGAGAGAGCCUUCACAGGCUCCAGUUAGGUCACUUAAUUGUUAACAGCGGAGCUGAACGAUGUGCACAUCGCCUCUACAGUGCGACCAUUUUACUCGGAUAUGCGCCUAAAUAUUUUGCUGUGCAACCUGGAAUUUGUGUUUAGGAGCACCAGUGUGCCUAGAAGAAUCUCUCAAAUAUUUUGCACACACGUGCUCCUACACACACCCUACUAGUCAUGCAUCCACUAGAAUAAUAUAUUUAAGCAUUAUACAACAGGUGGGUCUAAUCCUGAAUGCUCAUUGGUUCAAAUCACAUUCCAGCUGGUGUCUAUUCCACAAGUUACCACUGGCUAAAUCUAUGACAUUGAAAUGGCUAUUUACUCUGUUCCAUCUGACUGCACAAUACACUCUCUCAUCAGCCCAGCCAGGCAAUUUAUAAACUUGAUCUCCACUAUAAAAAGCAUCUAGACAUUAUCUCACAGUUCUUUUAGACUAACAUUUAGUUUUCAACAGCGGAGAUUUGUAUAAACCUUGCUGUCUGUUUCUCCGACAUUUGCAAAAUUCUUUCAAUAUUCAAAUUCAAUCUCCAGCUGCCCAUAGUAAUGAACGUGUCGGGAGUCGGGAUGAGACGGACAGGUUGGCAGCUUUUCUCAGCCAGUCGAAAUCACGAAUCUGCAUAAUUUUUAUUGUGUGCAGCUAGUUUGCAGUCUUUCCAGCUUCAGUUUGAAGUGAUUGUGUUAGCUGUGUUGUUAGCUAGCUCUCGAACAACAGUGUCCUGACGAGAGAGCACAUUUUCUAUGCCAGGUGAAAUCGCGCAUCAUUAACUCAUUCUUAUGGAUGUAUCCAAACACUAGAAAACAGCCUAAACAAAUGCAAAUGAACCUACUUGGUUGUUAUUCUGGCUGCACUGUUUGACAUAAGUUAGCUGUAGUUGGCUAGCAAGCAAGCAAGGGAUAAGAACGUUGCCAGCUAGUAUGGCAACCGAACCAAUAGAACGAACAACCAGCCGGCUUGGGUAGCAACCCUAGAUUUGUGUCGGGACUAUAUCUUGUGGAAAGAUGAAAUAGUAUGAAUAACUUAAUCAAAUUAAUGUUUUUAAUGAAAAUAUGUCAAUCAUUAUUUGAAUAUGUUGAUAACCCGUUGUAUAAAAGUGAUAAUGCCCUCGAAGCUGAUGUUUGCAGGAUAUAUUGACACAGUUUGCCGGCCCUCGACCUGGUCUCGGGCCAAACAACACCCGUGCCAAUAUAUCCUCCAAACACCGGCUUCUCUGGCAUUGUCACUUAAAUAAGGGCAGAGUGGGUGGGGUAUAUGUCCAAUAUACCACGGCUAAGGGCUGUUCUUAUGCACGACGCAACGCGGAGUGCCUGGAUACAGCCCUUAGCCGUGGUAUAUUGGCCAUAUACCACAAACCCCUGAGGUGCCUUAUUGCUAUUAUAAACUGGUUACCAACGUAAUUAGAGCAGUGAAAUGAAAUGUUUUGUCAUACCCGUGGUAUACGGUCUGAUAUACCACGGCUGUCAGUCAAUCAGCAUUCAGGGCUCGAAUCACUGAGUUUUAUAACAUACUAUAUAUUAUACUACCAGCCUGUACCAUUGACACCAGACAGGAUGGGGCCAUGGACUCAUGCUGCUUACACCAAAUCCUGACUCUGCAAUCAGCAUGACGUAACAGGAACCGGGAUUCGUCGGACCAGGCAAUGUUUUUCCACUCCUCAAUUAAUUGUCCAGUGUUGGUCAUUGCCUGCCCACUGGAGCCGUUUCUUCUUGUUUUUAGCUGAUAGGAGUGGAACCCGGGGUGGUCAUCUGCUUCAAUAGCCAAUCCAUGACAUUAGCCAAUCCAUGACAAGGACCGGCGAGUUGUGCGUUCCGAGAUGCCGCUCUGCACACCACCGUUGUGCUGUGCCGUUAUUUGCCUGUAUGUGGCCCGCCUGCUAGCUUGCACAAUUCUUGCCAUUCUCCUUCGACCUCUCAUCAACGAGCUGUUUUCGCCCACAGGACUGCCGCUGACCGGAUGUUUUUUGUUUAUCGCACCAUUCUCGGGUAAACCCUAGACACUGUCAUUCGUGAAAAGCCCAGGAGGCUGGCUGUUUCUGAGAUAAUGGAACCGGCGCGCCUGGCACAGACGUACCAUGCUCAAAGUCGCUUAGGUCACUCGUUUUGCCCAUUCUAACGUUCAAUCGAACAGUAACUGAAUGCCUCGAUGCCUGUCUGCCUGCUUUAUAUAGCAAGCCACGGCCACCUAAAUUUACAGUGGGGAGAACAAGUAUUUGAUACACUGCCGAUUUUGCAGGUUUUCCUACUUACAAAGCAUGUAGAGGUCUGUAAUUUUUCAUAGGUACACUUCAACUGUGAGAGACGGAUUCUAAAACAAAAAUCCAGAAAAUCACAUUGUAUGAUUUUUAAGUAAUUAAUUUGCAUUUUAUUGCAUGACAAAAGUAUUUGAUACAUCAGAAAAGCAGAACUUAAUAUUUGGUACAGAAACCUUUGUUUACAAUUACAGAGAUCAUACGUUUCCUGUAGGUCUUGACUAGGUUUGCACACACUGCAGCAGGGAUUUUGGCCCACUCCUCCAUACAGACCUUCUCCAGAUCCUUCACGUUUCGGGGCUGUCGCUGGGCAAUACAGACUUUCAGCUCCCUCCAAAGAUUUUCUAUUGGGUUCAGGUCUGGAGACUGGCUAGGCCAACCAGGACCUUGAGAUGCUUCUUACGGAGCCACUCCUUAGUUGCCCUGGCUGUGUGUUUCGGGUCAUUGUCAUGCUGGAAGACCCAGCCACGACCCAUCUUCAAUGCUCUUACUGAGGGAAGGAGGUUGUUGGCCAAGCUCUCGCGAUACAUGGCCCCAUCCAUCUUCCCCUCAAUACGGUGCAGUCGUCCUGUCCCCUUUGCAGAAAAGCAUCCCCAAAGAAUGAUGUUUCCACCUCCAUGCUUCACGGUUGGGAUGGUGUUCUUGGGGUUGUACUCAUCCUUCUUCUUCCUCCAAACACGGCGAGUGGAGUUUAGACCAAAAAGCUAUAUUUUUGUCUCAUCAGACCACAUGACCUUCUCCCAUUCCUCCUCUGGAUCAUCCAGAUGGUCAUUGGCAAACGUCAGAGGGGCCUGGACAUGCGCUGGCUUGAGCAGGGGGACCUUGCGUGCACUGCAGGAUUUUAAUCCAUGAUGGCGUAGUGUGUUACUAAUGGUUUUCUUUGAGAAUGUGGUCCCAGCUCUCUUCAGGUCAUUGACCAGGUCCUGCCGUGUAGUUCUGGGCUGAUCCCUCACCUUCCUCAUGAUCAUUGAUGCCCCACGAGGUGAGAUCUUGCAUGGAGCCCCAGACCGAGGGUGAUUGACCGUCAUCUUGAACUUCUUCCAUUUUCUAAUAAUUGCGCCAACAGUUGUUGCCUUCUCACCAAGCUGCUUGCCUAUUGUCCUGUAGCCCAUCCCAGCAUUGUGCAGGUCUACAAUGUUAUCCCUGAUGUCCUGACACAGCUCUCUGAUCUUGGCCAUUGUGGAGAGGUUGGAGUCUGUUUGAUUGAGUGUGUGGACAGGUGUCUUUUAUACAGGUAACGAGUUCAAACAGGUGCAGUUAAUACAGGUAAUGAGUGGAGAACAGGAGGGCUUCUUAAAUAAAAACUAACAGGUCUGUGAGAGCCGCAAUUCUUACUGGUUGGUAGGUGAUCAAAUACUUAUGUCAUGCAAUAAAAUGCAAAUUAAUUACUUAAAAAUCAUACAAUGUGAUUUUCUGGAUUUUUGUUUUAGAUUCCGUCUCUCACAGUUGAAGUGUACCUAUGAUAAAAAUUACAGACCUCUACAUGCUUUGUAAGUAGGAAAACCUGCAAAAUCGGCAGUGUAUCAAAUACUUGUUCUCCCCACUGUAUAUACAGUUGAAGUCGGAAGUUUACAUACACCUUAGCCAAAUACAUUUAAACUCAGUUUUUCACAAUUCCUGACAUUUAAUCCUAGUAAAACAUUCCCUGUCUUAGGUCAGUUAGGAUCACCACUUUAUUUUAAGAAUGUGAAAUGUCAGAAUAAUAGUAGAGAGAAUUAUGUAUUUCAGCUUUUAUUUCUUUCAUCACAUUCCCAGUGGGUCAGAAGUUUUCAUACACUCAAUUAGUAUUUGGUAGCAUUGCCUUUAAAUUGUUUAACUUGGGUCAAACGUUUUGGGUAGCCUUCCACAAGCUUCCCACAAUAAGUUGGGUGAAUUUUGGCCCAUUCCUCCUGACAGAGCUGGUGUAACUGAGUCAGGUUUGUAGGCCUCCUUGCUCGCACACGCUUUUUCAGUUCUGCCCACAGAUUUUCUAUAGGAUUGAGGUCAGGGCUUUGUGAUGGCCACUCCAAUACCUUGACUUUGUUGUCCUUAAGCCAUUUUGCAAGUAUGCUUGGGGUCAUUGUCCAUUUGGAAGACCCAUUUGCGACCAAGCUUUGACUUCCUGACUGAUGUCUUGAGAUGUUGCUUCAAUAUAUCCACAUAAUUUUCUUUCCUCAUGAUGCCAUCUAUUUUGUGAAGUGCACCAGUCCCUCCUGCAGCAAAGCACCCCCACAGCAUGAUGCUGUCACCCCCGUGCUUCACGGUUGGGAUGGUGUUCUUCGGCUUGCAAGCAACCCCCUUUUUCCUCCAAACAUAACGAUGGUCAUUAUGGCCAAACAGUUCUAUUUUUGUUUCAUCAGACCAGAGGACAUUUCUCCAAAAAGUACGAUCUUUGUCCCCAUGUGCAGUUGCAAACCGUAGUCUGGCAUUUUUAUAGCGGUUUUGGAGCAGUGGCUUCUUCCUUGCUGAGCGGCCUUUCAGGUUAUGUCGAUAUAGGAGUCGUUUUACUGUGGAUAUAGAUACUUUUGUACCUGUUUCCUCCAGCAUCUUCACAAGGUCCUUUGCUGUUGUUCUGUGAUUGAUUUGCACUUUUCGCACCAAAGUACGUUCAUCUGUAGGAGACAGAACGCGUCUCCUUCCUGAGCGGUAUGACGUCUGCUUGGUCCCAUGGUGUUUAUACUUGCGUACUAUUGUUUGUACAGAUGAACGUGGUACCUUCAGGCAUUUGGAAAUUGCUCCCAAGGAUGAACCAGACUUGUGGAGGUCUACAAUUUUAUUUCUGAGGUCUUGGCUGAUUUCUUUUGAUUUUCCCAUGAUGUCAAGCAAAGAGGCACUGAGUUUGAAGGUAGGCCUUGAAAUACAUCCACAGGUACACCUCCAAUUGACUCAAAUUAUGUCAAUUAGCCUAUCAGAAGCCACUAAAGCUAUGACAUAAUUUUCUGGAAUUUUCCAAGCUGUUUAAAGGCACAGUCAACUUAGUGUAUGUAAACUUCUGACCCACUGGAAUUGUGAUACAGUAAAUAAGUGAAAUAAUCUGUCUGUAAACAAUUGUUGGAAAAAUUACUUGUGUCAUGCACAAAGUAGAUGUCCUAACCGACUUGCCAAAACUAUAGUUUGUUAACAAGAAAUAUGUGGAGUGGUUGAAAAACGUGUUUUAAUGACUCCAACCUAAGUGUAUGUACAGUGGGGAGAACAAGUAUUUGAUACACUGCCGAUUUUGCAGGUUUUCCUACUUACAAAGCAUGUAGAGGUCUGUCAUUUUUAUCAUAGGUACACUUCAACUGUGAGAGACGGAAUCUAAAACAAAAAUCCAGAAAAUCACAUUGUAUGAUUUUUAAGUAAUUAAUUUGCAUUUUAUUGCAUGACAUAAGUAUUUGAUCACCUACCAACCAUUAAGAAUUCCGGCUCUCACAGACCUGUUAGUUUUUCUUUAAGAAGCCCUCCUGUUCUCCACUCAUUACCUGUAUUAACUGCACCUGUUUGAACUCGUUACCUGUAUAAAAGACACCUGUCCACACACUCAAUCAAACAGACUCCAUCCUCUCCACAAUGGCCAAGACCAGAGAGCUGUGUCAGGACAUCAGGGAUAAAAUUGUAGACCUGCACAAGGCUGGGAUGGGCUACAGGACAAUAGGCACGCAGCUUUGUGAGAAGGCAACAACUGUUGGCGCAAUUAUUAGAAAAUGGAAGAAGUUCAAGAUGACGGUCAAUCACCCUCGGUCUGGGGCUCCAUGCAAGAUCUCACCUCGUGGGGCAUCAAUGAUCAUGAGGAAGGUGAGGGAUCAGCCCAGAACUACACGGCAGGACCUGGUCAAUGACCUGAAGAGAGCUGGGACCACAGUCUCAAAGAAAACCAUUAGUAACACACUACGCCGUCAUGGAUUAAAAUCCUGCAGCGCACGCAAGGUCCCCCUGCUCAAGCCAGCGCAUGUCCAGGCCCGUCUGAAGUUUGCCAAUUACCAUCUGGAUGAUCCAGAGGAGGAAUGGGAGAAGGUCAUGUGGUCUGAUAAGACAAAAAUAUAGCUUUUUGGUCUAAACUCCACUCGCCGUGUUUGGAGGAAGAAGAAGGAUGAGUACAACCCCAAGAACACCAUCCCAACCGUGAAGCAUGGAGGUGGAAACAUCAUUCUUUGGGGAUGCUUUUCUGCAAAGGGGACAGGACGACUGCACCGUACUGAGGGGAGGAUGGAUGGGGCCAUGUAUCGCGAGAUCUUGGCCAACAACCUCCUUCCCUCAGUAAGAGCAUUGAAGAUGGGUCGUGGCUGGGUCUUCCAGCAUGACAACGACCCGAAACACACAGCCAGGGCAACUAAGGAGUGGCUCCGUAAGAAGCAUCUCAAGGUCCUGGAGUAGCCUAGCCAGUCUUCAGACCUGAACCCAAUAGAAAAUAUUUGGAGGGAGCUGAAAGUCUGUAUUGCCCAGCGACAGCCCCGAAACCUGAAGGAUCUGGAGGUCUGUAUGGAGGAGUGGGCCAAAAUCCCUGCUGCAGUGUGUGCAAACCUGGUCAAGACCUACAGGAAACAUAUGAUCUCUGUAAUUGCAAACAAAGGUUUCUGUACCAAAUAUUAAGUUCUGCUUUUCUGAUGUAUCAAAUACUUAUGUCAUGCAAUAAAAUGCUAAUUAAUUACUUAAAGAUCAUACAAUGUGAUUUUCUGGAUUUACAUGCUUUGUAAGUAGGAAAACCUGCAAAAUCGGCAGUGUAUCAAAUACUUGUUCUCCCCACUGUAAACUUCCGACUUCAACUGUAUAUUAUGCUAUAUAUAAUACUGCUGUGAACUUCAAUGGAAUGUGCCCUUAUCAGAUGCACACUUGUUAGGACUAAAUCCUCUAAUAUAUUAUAAUUGCAUAGCAUACUUUUUAAUAUAUACAUAUUGAACAUCUUAAAGUGCCUGACAGGCAGUGACUAAAAGUAGCAGUAGUAUAGUAAUAGAGUAACUCCUGAGAAUGUGUCCAAUAUCAGAUUACCAUCUCGUGCUUCAAAUUACACACAUCGAGUUUGUCCCAAAUGGCACCCUGUUCCCUGUAGUGCACUACUUUUGAACAGAGCCCUACAGCCCUGGUGGUCAAAAGUAGUGAAAUAUAUAGGGAAUGAGAUGCAACCAUUGACUGUCCGUGACACGGUAGAGUAGCAAGUCAGAGACACGCAAACACUGUCUUGCUUUGGUUCCAAUGGUACAGUUGGUUAGAGAAUGGUGCUUGCAACAGCAGUUGGGUGGAUUUCUGAGUAGGGUGAAUAUCGUGUGUUUGUGUUCAGCGUAAGUGGCUUUGAAUAAAAGGCAUCAGCUGAUUGACCAUGUUACAUUAGUUUUGCCUGAAGCUACUUUGUGUGUGUGUGUGUGUGUGUGUGCGCGCACGUUUAUAUAAAGUGAUGUAUUCAUCUAAGUUAGUUAUCCAAGAGUGACUGUCAUGCCCUUCUGGCUUGUGUGUACAGUGAAGAGCCUUUUGACUGGGCCUGGAGGAGACAGCAUUUACUCACACACACACACACUCUUACACACACCUGCAGGCGCUCACGCCUGUCACAGACAGCUGCUCAGCUGUCCAAGAAAGUAUUUUAGAGAGGGCACAAAGCAUCCACCAUUCGCCCUCUUCACUUCUCUCUCUGUCACACACACAGACUGUGGAGCAGAACUCAUGAAGGAUUGCACUUUACCACUGGUUUGUUGCACGUUACCAUUUCCAACGCAUUCACAACUGCCCUGAACGUAACCUCCAUAUAACAUCAUACAAUGUGAAACUCAAUAUUCUCUCUCUCUUUUUCUCCCUUCCUAUCCCUCUCUUCUGCUCUCUUUUUCCCCCUCUCUGUCGCUCUCCUCCAUCUCUCUCCAUCAGAUGUCCCACUCUGGCCGUAUGGACCCUUCCCAUAAUGCCCUGCAGCAACAACAACAACAACAGCAGCAGCACCAGCACCAGCAGGGUCUCCACGGUAACCAGAGUCUCGGAGGCAGCGUUGCCGGACAGAUGCAGCAGCGGAACGCAAAUACCCAGAAUACCCGGCUGCAGACGGAGGGCUCGUUCGGCCUGGGGGGAGCAGGAGGAGGAGAGGGAGCAGAUCACACCCUGGACGUAAGUCACUACCUCAGCCCUCUCACACCCAUAUGGAAAUGGUGUUCGAUACCGAUAACUGAUAUUUUCUAGACAAUGAUAGCCAAUACAGAUACAGAUAUGGCAAAAACAAGUUUUCUCCUUGUGAGAUUGGGCAACAGCUGCGAUAGAAAACAUCCACUUUGCAAAUCUGUAAGGUACACAUUGGGUUUGAAAAUGCAACACCAAUGACGAAGUGGUUAUGAUUCAUGCAGGUUUAAGUUAAGUGUGUACAUGUGAUGCAUGCGAUGCCAUUACGAAGUCCUAUAUUGGGCAUGCAUCCUAAGUGAUAUUGCUGGUGUGGAUAUUGGAUCUGGGCCCAUGUGGGUGGUUUUAUACUAACCCCCACCCUCCCUCUUUCACUGGGGACGGGGCGAACCGGUUGCAGGGGAGGAACUUCCACAGAUCAAUCUACUUCGACAACCGUAAGACAACCAUAAGACAACCGUUAGACAACCGUAAGGCAACCACACAGAAAGCCAGCUAGCUGCUCGUUCAGCGAUACUGUAGAUUGAGUUAUAUUGGGCAUGUCGAACUGAAGCUACCUUCACUCUUGGAAAGAGCUUGUUUUUUGCCACAUCCAUGUGCCACAAACAAACCUUUCUCUCUCUUUCUCUCUCUCCCCCUUUCUCUCUGCUUUUUCAAAAUCAAUUUAUUUUAAUUCAAGACGCUUUAUUGGCAUGAAAAGCGAAGGAACACGUCAAAGCAACAAUAACAACAAUAACACUUUCUCUCCCCCUUCUCUUUCUCUCUGUUCCCCCUCUCCAGCUUCUCCCUGAGCUGACCAAUCCAGACGAGCUGUUGUCCUACCUGGGUCCUCCAGAUCUACCUAGCAACAGCAACGACGACCUGCUCUCUCUGUUCGAGAACAACUGA